AGUCUACGUAUGUGUGAAUAGAUCCUCGACUUGUUGGUCGGCUUCUUUUGGUUGCAUUUUCUUAAAUAUAUGUUAGAUUAAAAGCAUUACCGCUAGAGUGGGUGUGGCCACAUGGCUCAUCUCAGGGAUGAUGUCAUGCCACAGCUUCCAGUCAAUCAGCACAUCCCUGGAUGUAACAAACGUAGUCAAAUUUGUCCUCUCUGGAAAAUGUACUGUUGUAUUUUUCAUGUGAGCACCUUUAUGGUUUUGUAUGUUGGUAUGAAAAGUGUUAUAAAUGUCUAAGCGGCAAAGUCGCACUGUCACGAUGUGAGCAAUGAACAAAUAUCGGUUUAUUCGAAAUGCCGUGGCGGCUAGCGGUUCUGGCACAUGCGCAGAAAUCUCCGUAUGAAAUAUUUCAUCCAGAAACUCCGGAAGCACAGCAACUCGCUUUAGUCAUUAUCAGGUAUUAUUGAUACAGAUUACAGGGUGGUUGAUACAUUGCGUGACCCCAUCGUCUGCUUCCAUGUACUGGUGUCCAAAGCAGAGCUGUUGAACACCAUAUGUGAAAUGUAUGCUAUCACGCAGUCUUAUUAAAUCACCCCUUCGAUGCUGAUCCGAUUGCAACAUCCGAUUGCACCUGAAUGCUUCCGAUUGCAACAUGUACAUCACCGACCACAGCCCUUCUACUGGUGUUGUGACAAUUGGUGUCAUCCUAAUUGCUGUCGCUGCCCUCAGCGUUCUAAUCUGCAUAUGUUGGUGCUAUUUGCGCCUGCAGCGGAUUGUCCAGUCUGAAGAUGAGGAGAGUAUUGUGGGAGAGGGCGAGACCAAAGAGCCCUUCCUGAGUGUAAAGUACUGCACAAGGGUCCCUAACAUCGAGCACAAAUCCAGGCUCUCCCACAACAGCACUGAGAUUCACACAUAACUGAGCCAUCAAAUACUCAUCUUCAAACACUGACCAAUAGCUUUCAAUCUCCUAAUGUACAUUUCCUGUUGAUCAUCAACCAAAUGUUUCAUUACUGCAUGGAAGGAUAAUGGACUGCAGCUCAAUGUCGAUGUCAUAUAAGGAAAUGUGACAUUCUUGUUUGUCACUGAACUGGGUUGAUAGAUUCCAGUCAUGUUUGCUGUGAAAACGUAAUUGUCACUUUAUAAGGUGUAAUGAGAAAAAUAUAUAUUUUCUAACAUGACUGUUUUUUUGUUUGUUAAUUCAGCGGCCCACUACUAAAAUGCAAAGGUAUGCAGACACUACACUGGUUGUUCUGUGCCAAGCUGGAGAAAUCUGCUCCAUAAUUUGUUAGAAGAAUUUAUCAUUGAUCUUAUAAUAGCAUUGUAAAACUGUAUUUGUAUUACAAGCCAUAUACUUAAUAAAAGAAUAAUCACUGUUUUCAAUAC